AGUUUACAUAUCUAAUAUUUAGCUGCAUUUGCAUAAUUCCUAAUCCUAAACCUUAUCCGCAAAGGUAUUGUGAAUGUCCAAUUGACAUCUGACAGAUAAGUGUUCUGAAGUCGAAAUUGACGUUUUACUACAUCAAUGUCAAACAAAUUAAACAGAAAUUUAAUUGGAAAGUUUACGGAACAAAUAUUGUAAAUAGUGAAAUAAAAGUUUUUACAAUAUUUAUACAGUUUAAAAUACUCACUAAUUUGAAAUGUAUAUCUGUUUCUAAGGUUUAAUGUAGUUAUUUUACAUACAUCUCUAAACGUUAAAAAUCUUGUAAAAGUUUAUGCAAAAGCGAAUUAACGGACCAUAGGAUAAAGUUUUCGAUAAUGCAAGAUUCGUCAAUUAGUAACAUACAAAAAAAUCCCCUUAAGUUGUACAUACAAGAUAUAUUUCGUGCUAAUUCCACAGACAAUAAAUACAUAUAUAAAUUAUUUGGAUUGCCAUUCAAAAAUGUAAUGAUACAUGGUGUACUUACUGCUGUUUAUAAUACUACAAAAAUUACUACAAAUUUGGAAUUAAGUGAUGCUACUGGCACCGUACAAAUUUAUUAUGAUAGCACCAAAAAUAAUAACAGUAUUUCAUCUACUAGUUGGAGAGAUUUAACAAAUAAUUAUAUUGAUGCUUCUAAAUUUGGGGACCCUAAUAUACUCAUAAUGUCAGAGAUGAUGGAUAGAAUAAAAAACAAAAUGAACUGUGUGGUUUUUGAAGAAGGCUGCUUCAUGAGUGUUGUAGGAGACAUUUUUGUGGACAGUUCUAGGGGUGUCCGAAUGAUAUCAGCGUAUGAAUGUAAUGUAACCUCGGCUGCAUAUGACGUAGUGUGGAUGGAAGAACUUAGGUACUUGUAUGACAAAUUCUAUAUAAAUAAUCCAUCCUGUUAAGUGUAAAUGAAACAGAUAGUUUUUAGUUAAAACUGAUUUGUCCAUAAGAAAUAAAUUUUAUUUAAAUAAAAUUAUUUAUGUUGAAUUUUAUUUAAUUUUUUUUUAAUUAUACAGAUCGAAUAUUGUUAUUAUUAUAUGUGUGUAUAAUAAAAGAAUAUAUAUAAUUUUAAUGCAGUGUAUAAAGACCAUCCACUAGAUGGAGCGAUGAUCUCAAAUGCAUUGCAGGAAAUUAGUAGAUGCAGGUAGCUUAGGACCGUUUCAGUGUUCCGUGGCAGUCUAUGGGGAAGGCAUAUGUCCAGCAGUGGAUGGAUAAUAUCUGAAAUGUUGAUGAUAACCUUUUAUGCAUUACACCAAAAAUCAAUGCUAUCAUGGUAGAAGUGUACAUUUCAAGUGGUAAGUACUAGAUACUGAGAGACAGACUUCGAGCAUGGUUUGGUCUCCAGUCUAACACAGAUUAACUGUAUCAACCUAUCUACCAUGAUAAUAUUGUAAUGUAAGAUUGUAAAGACAAUAAACUGUUGUAAUUAUAAGAAGAAAUGACAACAGAACUAACUCCAAUUAUAUAAACCUCUCUUCUACUUGCUGUGCCCAACAGUGUCUAUCUUCAGGGGUAAUUGAAGUUAAAAUGUUAUCUACUAAUCACAUUAUGGAAUGCAAUAAGAAAUAAAUAAAUAUUAUAGCUUUAUAAGAUAAUUUAAGUUAAAUAGGAAUAAAAGUUACAGAACUGUAACUUUUCUGAAACAAUUUGUAUUUCAAUAAUAAUUAAGAAAAAGUAAAA